AUGGAAGAAACUGAUAAAUUACCACUAAAAAGAGUGGAACUCUCAUUGUCCAAAUUCAAUGAAGUAGCUAUACCUCACCAUUUAGACUUGCUAAGGCAGCAUAGAACUAAUAUUUUAAAGUAUUCAGAAAAUGGAGAUUAUGCACGUGUACGUUCAGAACAAACACACGCAAGACGUGUUUCAUCUCAGUUGCGUACACUGAUGGCUGAGUUGGAGUCACUGAGAAGACGUGUGCGAGAUGAGGAUCUGCAACGCUUUGAUCGCAUUACACAAUGUGCCAGAGAUGAUACACUGCGGGCUAUAGUUGAUUAUCUAGGAAUUAUUGAAAGCAGUUGUAAAGCUAUUGUAGAUGAGAGCAAGGCCCAUGAGUUAAGUAUACGCGAGCGUGAGGCGGUGCUAAAGGGGUGGAGCGAGCUGCAGCAGGAGGUGCGCGCGCUGCACGACGUGUGGCAACAUGUGCACGCCUGCGCCAGUGAACAGGCCACGCACGUGUCUGAGACCGCGGCCAGUGUGGAGACGGCUGCAGUCAACGUGGACGAAGGCAGGAAGAACCUCGCACUAGCUGAAAAGUAUGUUACUGAUCUCUUUAUUGACCUAUUUUGUAGAAAUCCUGUAGAUAUCUGUGUUAGAUGAAAUAAAUAAUUUUAUAGUUUU